UACUCCGUUACAUCACUCAGCUCGUAUCACUGAUGCAAACACGCAUAAUUAAAGUCGCGCUGUGAUUUUCAGCGUGUAGUAAAACGGGAAAACCGGCUUUAUAACGCCCUAAAUUCGCCAUUUACCGCUUACGUCUUCCUUUUAUAUCUUUCUCAUCAUCUGGAGGCUUUUUUGUUCACCAGGAUUCACCUCAACCAAGCGUCGCACUGUAAUAUAAAACUCACUGUAUACGUCUUAAAUAGAAGAGGAGGAGGUCAAACACACAGGAGAUUCAAGAGGAGACGCAAAAAACGCUCCGAACGCAAAGGGAUCAUCAGCAAGACAAUGAAUGAAGUUGGAGCCAGCGGGCGGCCCAGAGGGCAGCAGAAGUUCUGCAGUCUGGAUGUGGAUGAGGACAAACACUUGAGUACAUGCAGUAUGGAUGUUAAAGAAAACCGCAACCUGGACAACCUCUCCUCCAAAGAAGUGCUGGGGGAGGGGCCUCACUUAGCCAAUGGGAGUGCUCGAGGAUUGAGCAGGAAACGCCCUCUUGAAGAGGGCAACAAAGGCCAUGGACACUCCAAAUUCCGGCCUAAAAAGCGCAGGAAACCACAAGGGCCAAUCUUGCCAAAAAAUGCACUCAUGCAACUGAAUGAAAUCAAACCGGGACUGCAGUACAAACUACUGUCGCAGACGGGGCCGGUACACGCACCCGUGUUUGUUAUGACUGUUGAGGUUAACGGGCAGCUUUUUGAGGGCUCAGGCCCAACCAAGAAGAAAGCCAAACUGAAUGCUGCAGAAAAAGCACUCCGCUCUUUUGUUCAGUUCCCCAAUGCGUCCGAAGCUCACCUUGCAAUGGGGCGUACGCUCACAGUUAAUGCAGACUUCACAUCUGAUCAAGCAGAUUUCCCAGAUAUGCUGUUUAAUGGAUUUGAGACACCUGUACCACCUGAUGACCCCUUCUACCUGAGUCUCGGCAGCAAUGGGUCUCUCUGCUCCCUAAAGGAAUACCGCCUUCCUGUAACACUGAAAUAUAAAAACAGGCCACACCCUCCUCUCCCACUAGCCCCUGCACUCACAGCUCCCCCUACAGGCAGUGGCAAAAAUGCUGUAAUGAUCCUUAAUGAGCUUCGUCCAGGACUGAAGUACGAGUUUGUAGCUGAAAGUGGCGAAAGUCAUGCCAAGAACUUCAUAAUGUCAGUGACAGUGGACACGCAGAAGUUCCAAGGUUCCGGCCGAAAUAAAAAGUUGGCCAAGGCAAGGGCAGCCCAAGCGGCGCUGUCAGGACUCUUUAACAUGCAGCUGGACCAAACACCGUCCCGACAGCCAAUCCCCAGGGAGGGACUUCAGCUGCAUUUGCCCCAGGUCCUCGCGGAUGCGGUCUCUCGUUUAGUUGUGGAUAAGUUCAGCGAGCUGACAGACAACUUCUCGUCUCCACAUGCACGGCGGAAAGUCCUGGCAGGAGUUGUCAUGACAACCGGUAAGGAUGUGAUGGACGCUCAGGUGAUUUGUGUGACGACGGGAACCAAGUGUAUAAACGGAGAGUACAUGAGCGAUCGAGGACUGGCCCUUAAUGACUGCCAUGCUGAGAUCAUCGCACGGCGCUCACUCAUUAGAUACCUGUACAAUCAGCUGGAAUACUUCCUCAGCGACAGCACUGAAGAACAUGAGAAAUCCAUAUUCAGAUGGUGCAGUGAACAUGGCUACCGGCUAAAAGAUGAUAUUCAAUUCCAUCUGUAUAUCAGCACGUCGCCCUGUGGAGACGCCCGGAUCUUCUCCCCUCAUGAGGCUGGUGCCGAGGACCAGGGUGACCGACAUCCAAACCGCAAGGCCCGUGGACAACUACGAACCAAGAUUGAGUCUGGAGAAGGAACGAUACCUGUUCGUACGAGUAACACCAUUCAGACUUGGGAUGGAGUCCUGCAGGGAGAGCGACUGCUAACCAUGUCAUGCAGUGACAAAAUUGCCAGAUGGAACGUGAUCGGAGUACAGGGAUCUCUUCUGAGUUACUUCACAGAGCCCAUCUAUUUCUCCAGUUUAAUUCUGGGAAGUCUGUAUCAUGCUGACCAUCUUUCCAGAGCCAUGUACCAGCGCAUCGCAGACAUGGAUGAUAUUCCCCCGCCAUUCAGAAUCAACAGACCACUUCUUAGCGGUAUCAGUAACACAGAAGCAAGGCAACCUGGGAAAGCUCCUAAUUUCAGCGUCAACUGGACAGUAGGAGACCAGGGGUUGGAGAUCAUUAACGCAACCACAGGAAAAGAUGACCUCGGAAGACAGUCGCAACUUUGCAAACACGCUCUUUACAGUCGUUGGGUCUGUCUACAUGCAAAGCUCAGUGAGACUCUGCGGAUCCGAGGAUCUCGGCCUGGCUCCUACCACGAGGCAAAACAAGGGGCGGUCGAGUAUCAUGAGGCGAAACAGACUCUUUUCAAAGCUUUCUACAAAGCGGGACUGGGAGCAUGGGUGGAAAAACCCAUCGAACAAGACCAGUUUUCCCUUACUCCUUAAGAUAAACUGAGAGAAAGGGAACUACAGAUCUUUUGUACAUUUACAUGGAAUGCAAGGUUUUAAUCUAACCUCCACACACCUUUUUUGUCUCUGUUAUUGCAAGUCAUUUGGUUUCUUUUAUCUGUCAGAAACAUGCUUGUGUUCACUCAAAACAUGGCUUGAUUACAAAGAAUCCGACUGGAGAUUUGGCACAGGAUAAAAUGAGGACAACAUGUUGUGAUAAACGGACCCACAAAGGUGUUUUGCAAAAAUAAUCCCGCUGACUAUAAUGCUGGCAUACAUUUUUUUUACCUCAGAUUAUAUUGAUUGUUUUCCAUUAUUUUAAUUCUUAUGUCUAUAUUAUUAUAUUUGACUUCAAGCAGCUGUUUCUACUGUAGUGUGAUGUCCAGCUGUAUAAGGUGGCUGGUCUCUGCCUUCACUUCCACCAUUAUCCCAUACAAUGUGUAACUUUCUAUUUGCGUAAAGUUGAGCUCUGGCAAAGUCCCUUUUAAGGCAAGUCAUUUCAUUUGACGGCCAUCUUUGAAAUGCCAAUCAGGCAUACAAGCUGCAGCUCUUAUCUCUUUAAAUGGUUAAACAUCAAAUUCUUCAACCCUGUUAAUAAUAAUAAUUCCUUACAUUUAAAUAGUGCUUUUCUGAACAUUUUAAAUGCUUUACACGUUAUUGGGGAAAAUCUCCUCAUCCACCACCAGUGUGCAUGACGCGAUGGCAGCCAUAUUGCACCAGACCGCACACCACACACCAGCAGAUUGCUGGAAAGGAGGUAGAAUGAUGAAGCCAAUUAUGAUAUGGGGAUGGUUAGGAGGCCAUGAUGGGCAGAGGCCAGUGGGCAAAUUUGCCCAGGAUGCUGGGGUUAAACCCCUACUCUUUUUCGAUGGACAUCCUGGGAUUUUUAACGACCACAGAGAGUCAGGACCUCAGUUUAAUGUCUUAUUUGAAAGACGGCGCUCACUGAGCAGUAUAGAGUCCCCUUCACUAUACUAGGGCGUUAGGACCCACAUAGACCGCAGGUUGGGCGCCCCCUGCUGGCCUCACUAACACCACUUUCAGCAGCAACCUAGCUUUCCCAUGUGGUCUCCCAUCCAGGUUCUAAAAGGGCACAGCCCUGCUUAGCUUCAGUGGGCGACCAUGUGAGUUGGUCUACUGCAGAGAGCUAGCUGUUGCCAAAUUUGUAAUUAAAUUUCAUAUUUGGAAUCACCAAGGAUAUUUAACAGCAGCCGUCUUAUAAAAUUAGUUUGUAAACAUUAAAAUCAUGACAAAGAAUUGCAUUUUUUCAGGUUGCCCAAACUAAUGCGCAUACGCAACUGAAGGGAACACAUUCACAACACUUGAUGACUGUAUCUUGCGUUCGUUUCAUACAGAUUACAAAACCAGUGAACAUUUUGAUUUCUUAUGUCUGUGAGGAAAGUAUUAGCUGAGAUUUCAAUGCAUUUGCCAAUCCUAGAGUAAUAAUAAAUAUGAAGCUGCAGAAACUGACGUAAAAGCAUGUUUCCGAAUCGAGCCCCUUCUUCGGAGAAUCAUUAUGGUGCGUUCACACCAGACACGGAUAUAGCAUCAAGCUCAUGUGAUUUACAUGUUAAGUCAAUGCAAAGAUGCGAUUAGACAUCCUGCGGCGCGAAUUGAGCAUUUCUGAUUACCAUGCGAAUUGCUCGAGUUGGAAAAUCUGAACUUUAACAGACAUUUGCAACGCAUUAACCAAUCAGAAGCUUGCACUAGUAUGGGCGUGAUUGUGACGUAGUGCCUGUUGUCGGUGUACUGAGGGAAAAUCCAGCUGCCGACUCCGGACAACAGCUCAUCAAACUGGACUCGGCUCAGUUGGAUGCACUGCUGAAAGCUUCCAUCAUCCAGGUAUAGUUUCUGGAGGAGUUGAUAAACUCAUAGAGCUGGUUGCACCUCUGAUAGGAUCUAGUAGACUCUGAGCUUAACGAAUCUAUGCUGUUUUUCAGCCUUCCUAAAGCAUAUAAGGCACAGCUACUUUCUCAAUAAAGUCCAUGUUAGCCAUUUAGCAACAGAACUAGAGUCACAGGGUACACAGAAGCUCCGCCGAUGACGCAAAUCCUAUUGUGAAGUGAAUUCGACACGCGAAUGAAGCGCAUUUGACGCGUGAAUGAAGUGAGUAAACUCAAAAUGUUCACACAUUUAUUUACACGCGAAUAGUGUGAGUUAUUUGCACAAACCGCUUCUGGUGUGAAUGCCCCAUUAGUCUAUAGUGAUCAAUGAUUGACUCCUUUAGAAAGUGGGGCUUUGUCAACGCCAAUAGCCUAUUAGUUAUUGUGUCGACACAAAACACUGAGGUGUUCACGGCGACCUGAGUUCAAUUCAUGGCUGAUUCCGAUCCGUCCCCCCUCUCUCUGCUCCGAAUUCUAUUCUUCAGACCUAAAAAAAGUAUUAAAAAAAAAAAGCUUCCUCCGCUAGAGUGGUCAUAUUGACCCUUGCUUUUUUUCCCAGCAAUCCUAAAGGACUUUUAAAUAAGUUUGCUGCUUUAGAGUAAAAACUAUAUGUAUUAUCCCCAUAAGUUUUUCAGUCUUGCAAACCUUAAUCUUACCAAAUUCUCAGCAGGAUAUUUUCUCCUUGGACAGGAAAGCAACCAGUCAAUAUUACUGUUGUUUUAUCGACCCCCAGCUAGGUUGCACAAUUAUGCGCAAAAUUGUAAAAAUAACCAGGAAUGUGCAAUAUAAAAUGUAUUUGCUGAUACUGAUAACUGAUAAAUGAUCAGAGAGUAUUACACCAUAAGAAAGUUUUAUUUUUUUGUCGUUUUUGGCCAAUUUAAGAAUUACCUUUUGGGGCAUUAAAUUAGCCUUUGCGUCUGAGUAGGGUCUACUGUUGGCCAGCUUAUGCCACUUCAGAGUUCUUACUGUCGGUGCGAAUGCAACCAGGAGAAUGGCUCCAGGAGAAAUUUAGUUCCCAGCUGACCAGCCUAGUGGCUAGUUCCUGUAAUUGAGUUUCUAUAACUGGUGCAAAGGUCCAUAUUUUUCAAACACCUUUAUAUUUAUUAAAUAACUCAGAAUGCGGUUUAAUCCGAUUGUAUUUUACUGCAUCUUUUCAACAUUAAGCAAACUUAAGGUGCUUUAUGAAAUCCACCGUAAUUACGAAAAAGUGCUAUUAAUUAACAAGCCAGUGAGGUUUAAAUCACUGCAUGAGUUUUGUAGCUGUAGAUUUUUCCACUUCUGUUUUGACUGACAGGACAUAAAUGGCUGUUUAAAUAAUCAACUGUUGUCUAAUAACUGUAAUCAGAUAUAUCAGACAGCCGGUACAAUUGAUUAAAUAAAACUUGAGAAGCUAAAAAUAAUCCAACACAGUAAUCUAAAAGGUUCAACCAAACAAUUGGGUUACAAUGAAACAAUCCAGCACAUGUUAGAAUUUUGAACUGUAAAUGCAUUUGUAUGUAUGUUUGUUUUUCCUUUGCUUGGUCGACACCACAUUUACAAUGUAAAUUUAAUUUCAUUUUCUGCUUGAAUUGAUUACUUUGUCAUUCAGUUUCCCAUUUAAAUGUUAAGAAUGUGGUGCCGAUUUUACUAGAACACAAUAAAGACUGUUUGACACCAAAUA